AGACUGCCAUGUCCUGGUCUUGCUUUCUGCCCCCUUCGCCCUGAUCAACUUCCACCACCUCAUUCUCGUUCGUCUCUCCACUGCCAGCAGUCUCGGUCAGUCCUGCAAGUCGCAUGCUCAACGCCGAGGGUUUCAACUGAAUGAAGCUCAUCAUCCCCGGGGCAGCCGCUUCCUUACCUACAAAGCUGAUGCAGUUCUCCCCCUGACUGCAGUGACUCGCCGUAAAUCGAGUGACUUGUUCAAUCUCUUAGUGUGAGAAUGGCCAACAUCGAUCCUCGCGCUAAAAACACUGUUGAUGUACAUAAUGCAAACGAUGAUCCAGAGGUCAUCAGGAUUCAAGCUGAUCUCGAGUUGGAGGAUUCUUCUCCGGAAAGGAUGAGGCUGAUGAGGAGGCAGCUCAUCGAUGGUGUAUGUGACUGUGACAGUUGUCGCCGUCGGAGGUUGUGGAUCGCAGUCAGGCGCGCCCACAAGAUUGCUGCUGAACUGCAGCAGAUGGAGGAGUUGGAUGAGAUGGUGAAGAGAGCGUACCAAGGCAACUCGAAUGCGGUUGUAGACAUGAUAGAGAAGUAUGAGUUUGCUGCACUGGAACAUCAGGGGGGACCGAUCAUGAUCACGGGGUGUGCAGUCUGCGAGAAACUCACUCAAGAUGAAAAAUGUUAUCAUUGCGGUCGUGAGCCAUGGAUGAUGACGAUGAAGAACUUUAUCAAAUCACGGAAAGAUUUGAGCAAAUUUCCCAGAUAUAUUUGUUUGCCUGUGUUACAUGCAGCGGCAUGGGGCGGGAGCUAUGAUCUCGUAGAAAAGAU